UGGGUUCCCGCGUACUGAGCAGAGUGGAACCUCGGAUUUGGUGGCGUGCAUCGUGGGGAGCGUCCUAAUCAAGGCGAUGGCGCCGGCCGAAGUCCUGAACGGGAAGGUGGUCUCCGCCCAAAUUAGAGAGAAACUGAAGAAUGACGUCACUCAAAUGAAGGCGCAAGUCCCUGGGUUCACUCCAGGCCUUGCUAUUUUACAGGUUGGCAACAGAGAUGAUUCCAAUCUUUAUAUAAAUAUGAAGUUGAAGGCUGCUGAGGAGAUUGGAAUUAGAGCCACUCACAUUAAGUUACCAAGAACAGCCACAGAAUCGGAGGUGCUGAAGUGUAUCACAUCUCUGAAUGAGGACACCACUGUCCACGGCUUCAUCAUGCAGCUGCCUUUAGACUCAGAAAAUCCCAUCAAUACCGAAGCGCUCAUCAAUGCCAUCGUGCCUGAGAAGGAUGUGGAUGGAUUGACUAGCAUCAGUGCCGGAAAGCUUGCUAGAGGUGAUCUCAAUGACUGUUUCAUCCCUUGUACACCUAAAGGAUGCUUGGAGCUCAUAAAAAAGACAGGGGUGCAGAUUGCCGGCAGGCAUGCCGUGGUGGUCGGACGGAGUAAAAUAGUUGGUGCCCCAAUGCAUGACCUGCUGCUGUGGAACAAUGCCACCGUGACCACCUGCCACUCCAAGACUGCCAAUCUGGAUAAAGAGGUAAACAAAGGAGAUAUCCUGGUGGUUGCGACUGGGCAGCCUGAAAUGGUGAAAGGGGAGUGGAUCAAACCUGGGGCAGUGGUCAUUGACUGUGGCAUCAAUUAUAUACCAGACGAGAGCAAACCAAACGGGAAGAAGGUUGUGGGUGAUGUGGCAUACAAGGAGGCCAAGGAGAGGGCAGCUUUCAUCACUCCCGUUCCGGGUGGAGUGGGACCCAUGACUGUUGCCAUGCUGAUGCAGAGCACAGUGGAAAGCGCGAAGCGUUUCCUGGAGAAGUUUCAAUCAGGAAAGUGGGCGAUUCAGUACAACAACCUUAACCUCAGAACACCUGUGCCAAGUGACAUUGAUAUUUCACGAUCUUGCACACCGAAACUCAUUGGUAACCUAGCCCGAGAAAUUGGUCUGCUCUCUGAAGAAGUAGAAUUAUACGGUGACACCAAGGCCAAGGUGCUGCUGUCGACGCUGGAACGCCUGAAGCACCAGCCAGAUGGGAAAUACGUGGUGGUGACGGGAAUAACUCCUACUCCCCUAGGAGAAGGGAAGAGCACGACCACCAUCGGCCUGGUGCAGGCGCUUGGCGCCCAUCUGCACCAGAACGUCUUUGCGUGUGUGCGGCAGCCCUCCCAGGGGCCCACCUUCGGAAUCAAAGGUGGCGCUGCAGGAGGUGGCUAUUCCCAAGUCAUUCCCAUGGAAGAGUUUAAUCUCCACCUGACUGGUGACAUCCAUGCCAUCACCGCAGCAAAUAACCUCAUGGCUGCGGCCAUCGACGCUCGGAUAUUCCACGAACUGACCCAGACUGACAAGGCUCUCUUUAACCGCUUGGUGCCAUCUGUAAACGGAGUGAGAAAGUUCUCCGAUAUCCAAAUCCGAAGGUUACGGAGACUUGGCAUUGAAAAGAGUGACCCCACCACGCUGACGGAGGAAGAGAUAAACAGAUUUGCAAGACUGGAUAUUGAUCCAGAGACCAUAACUUGGCAAAGAGUGUUGGAUACCAACGAUAGAUUCCUGAGGAAGAUCACAAUUGGACAGGCUCCAACAGAGAAAGGGCACACACGAACGGCCCAGUUUGAUAUCUCUGUGGCCAGUGAAAUCAUGGCUGUCCUGGCUUUGACCAGUUCUCUGGAGGACAUGAGGGAGAGACUGGGCAGAAUGGUGGUGGCAUCCAGCAAGAGAGGGGAACCCAUCAGUGCUGAAGACCUGGGGGUGAGUGGUGCUUUGGCAGUGCUUAUGAAGGACGCCAUCAAGCCCAAUCUCAUGCAGACGCUGGAGGGCACCCCUGUGUUUGUCCACGCUGGACCAUUUGCCAACAUCGCACAUGGGAAUUCGUCCAUCAUCGCAGACAGGAUCGCGCUCAAGCUCGUGGGCCCUGAGGGCUUUGUUGUGACUGAAGCAGGAUUUGGAGCAGACAUUGGCAUGGAAAAAUUUUUCAACAUCAAAUGCCGGUACUCUGGCCUCCGCCCACACGUGGUGGUGCUGGUCGCCACUGUGAGGGCUCUGAAGAUGCACGGAGGUGGCCCCACGGUCACUGCAGGACUGCCCCUCCCCAGGGAAUACACAGAGGAGAACUUAAAGCUGGUGGAAAAUGGCUUCUGUAACUUGAGGAAGCAAAUUGAAAAUGCCAGAAUGUUUGGCGUUCCAGUGGUGGUAGCUGUGAAUGCAUUCAAGACGGACACACAGGCCGAGCUGGACCUCAUCGGCCGCCUCGCCAAAGAGCACGGAGCUUUUGAUGCUGUGAAGUGCACUCACUGGGCAGAAGGGGGCAAGGGUGCUGUAGCUCUGGCUCAGGCGGUCCAGAGAGCAGCACAGGCGCCCAGCAGCUUCCAACUCCUCUACAACCUCGAGCUUCCCAUUGAGGAGAAAAUCAGGAUCAUUGCACAGAAGAUCUAUGGGGCAGACGACGUUGAAUUGCUCCCAGAAGCACAGCACAAGGCCGAAGUCUACACGAAGCAGGGCUUUGGGCAGCUACCCAUCUGUAUGGCCAAAACACACUUGUCCUUGUCUCACAACCCAGAGCAAAAAGGCGUGCCCACUGGCUUCAUUCUGCCCAUUCGUGACAUCCGUGCCAGCGUUGGGGCUGGUUUUCUGUACCCGUUGGUGGGAACGAUGAGCACCAUGCCCGGGCUGCCCACCCGGCCCUGUUUCUAUGACAUUGAUUUGGAUCCUGAGACUCAGCAGGUGAACGGGCUCUUCUGACCAGGUCAUCCUUCAGCAGCUGUGGUGACCCAUGCUCUGUGGGCCCCACGGUGGGUCCAGAUGUGCAGAGAGAAGUCAGCCCUGCCCGAAUUAAUAGAGCGAGUGUUCCCAGGAAACUUUAGCCUUAAUUGCCAUCCUCAUGUAUAAAUUAACAUAAAUCAUACCCAUGUCUCUUUCCAUCAGUGAUGUUCCAUAGAAUAAAAGGAAAUAAUUUUGCUAUCUCGCUUUUAAAAUAG